AUGUUCCUAUUCAAUCGAACCCCUCCUGAUACAGCAGAAGCCGAUGCUCUAUUCUCUGAGUCGUUUGCAUAUAUUGAACAAGGUCUUUGUUAUGAUGAAAUCGGCGACCUGGCAAAUGCGCUGGAAAUGUACGAGCAGGGACUGGAGAGAAUCAAAAAUGCGGAAAAAAUCAAAAAUGCCAAAAAGAGUGAAAUGUACAAGAAUAUGAUUGCUUCAAAGAAGAAUGUUGAGAAAAGAAUUAAGGCUAUUAAGAAGAAAGGUCCCAUUUCUGUACCCGCUCCUGUUGAAAAUGAGAAGGAGAAAAUAGAAUCUAAAGAAGAAAUGUCCGAUAUCAGAGAAAAUUUAGACGCCGUCGGAGAACAGGAAGCUGAGCUUGUUUACUUUUUACCGGAGGGUGUUCAAUUAUUCACCAUAGACGGAGAUGAAACUGCAGCACCAACUUAUCCGACUUCUCUUCAAGUUUUCCGUUUCACUGAUGGAGACGCUGCAUCUUUUAAAGCCGAUGAAGGAGAGCCCACAGCUUUCAUACAAGUUGGGCCAUGGGUAUACCCUUUGAUAAAAGGUCAAACACCUAUUCUGAAAAAUGAGUAUGGAGGCUAUGUUGUGCCGAAUCCAAUUCCUGAUCAUCCAAAUAUGAUGGUAGCGAUUUUACUUCCGGUCGACAUUGAGCCGAGACUCGAGCAAGAAUUCCGCCAAGUUCUAGAUCAUUUCGCUGUGGUUAGGGAGCAAGAAGUGAAGAAAGACUUGACACCAGAAGAAAAUAAAGUUUUGAGUAAAAAAAUUGCUGCUUUUCUAACAAGUGGUGGCAUCAAAAUAGCCCAAAACUUACAAGCAAGAACUGCAAAGCUUGCAACAUCAGUUGAGAACAGAGGAACAAAGUACCGAUCCAACAAAGAACCAACAGAAAAACCAGUUCCCAUCACUCCGGUCAUAAAAUCAGGCGUGGUUUAUAUGCAUAAAGGAACCAAAGUCGUCGCCAAAUGCACGAAAUUUUUACUUGAUAAAAUUGGAUCCAUAGGAAUUUCUGUGGGUAGGACGAUAGCAUCAGGUGCAGAGAAAGCGUUCGGUGACACAAGAGGAGGGCCACUGGUUUCUGGCACAAUUGAUGUGUUGGGUGGAGGAAUUAUUGGGUUAGGAACUGUGUUUAUGGCUCUUGAAGAUGGUAGUAGAAAACUAUGUAGAAGUAUUGCCAGAGAAACGGUGGAAAACGUUCGAGUGAAGUAUGGCGAUGAAGCGUCAGAUACUACCCACCAUGCUCUUUUUGCUGCUGGACAUGGAAGCCUAGCAUCUCUAUAUAUAUUUGAGCUCGGACCUCAUCGAGCAAUUGGAAGAGUGGCUCGCCAAGCUGGAAUUCAGGUUGUUCUCGAUUUACAAGAAAAAGAAAAAGCUUUACCUGCCCCACCCAUUCCUUCGAAGAAAGCUGAAUAA